UGUCCCUCGGACACAGUGGAUCACCGAUCAAUGGAAAGAGCCGAAGAUGUCGGCUCGGUCAUGUGAUCAGCUGUGUCCAAUCACAGCUGAUUGCAUGGGACAUGUACACUGAUCAUCAGGGCACUGAUGAUCAGUGUGCCCUGAUGAUCCGUGUAGCCCCAGCAGUGCCACCUGUCAGUGCUCAUCCGUGCCACCUGUCAGUGCUUGUCAGUGCUCAUCCGUGCCACAUCAAUGCCACAUUUUAGUGCCUACCAGUGCACAUCAAUGCCACAUAUCAGUGCCCAUCUGAGCUGCCUUUCAGUGCCACCUAUCAUAGCCAGCCAGGACCAUCUAUCAAUGCCAGUCAGUGCCACCUAUCAGUGCUGCCUAUCAGUGCCAGUCAGUGCCGCCUGUCAUUGUGCAUCAGUGCUGCCUAACAGUGCCAGUCAGUGCCGCCUAUCA